AUGAAGGCCUCUGCACUCACACUAGCCGCUGCUCUCUUCAGCACCGCCCUUUCUCAAGAGCUGUUUAGAUGUCGCUGCGCGGACGCGAACAGCAAAAACAUCGCCGGAAUUUCCGGUCUUUGCCCUACAAGGGGCGGGGUAGCUGAAGAGUCACGCGACGAUCUUUGCAUCAAGCUUACCUCGAAGCUCACUGACGAGGAUUGCGCCAAGAUCCAGCAAGGUGCCAAGGGUGACUGCAUCGUGGACGACCUAGAAGGGGGAACCACGUUGGUUACGACUGUCUACGCAUCAGCCACGGUCACGCCCACAGCCAAACCCAAACUCUGA